CCUCACUCCCUUCCCCAUAUCAAAAUUUUACCCCAGCUCUUCUCUUCCUUCCAAAACUCCCGCCCCAUACUUCCUGCUUACUCUCUUCUACUUUGAACCACCCCACCCAAAAACGAACAGCUCAGAAUCGAGUAUCGUCGGGACAACACCGGCCAACACCUCCUCUCGUCUCACCCUCCCCUCUUUCGCUUUUUUUCGUUUCGAACGGAGAGCUACAGUGCUACGACGAAAGGAGGUCAUCCUUGGGACACCAUUUGCAAGCCUCUUCAAUGGAGUUGAGCUACAGGCCCCUACAACACGCCUCUUCCUUCACUGUCACUCCUGUCUACACAUUUCCCUCUCAGUAUGCCUCUUUCUCCCUUUUUCAUCUUUCUUCAUUUUUUUAUUAUUUAAUUUUUAUUUCAUGUGUAAUACUCUGUAUAUCUAGUAAUGUUGAAUGGUUGAAUAUUUUGUGUUAUUUUGAUGGAUUUGUGAUGUUUAUUCUUAAAAUUUUAGUCUAAUUGAAGGUUUUUGUUAAAAGUUCUCUAAGGCCUGUCAGAUAGAUUUGUGAUGUUUAUCCUUUUAUCCCAAAGUAAAAUAGAGAGCGUCUAGCGGUCUUACGAACCAAUCACACCAAAAAUAAAUGUUUGUACUAUUCCCUAACUGGGUAAAAUGUCCUUAGAUACCAACAUGCCUGCCCAUCUAUCAGGAAACAUGUGUGCUUAUAUUAACAUUCAGAUAACCUUAUUGUUCUUCUAGCUUGCAGGAGCCUUUUUCAUGGGUUCACAUAUAUAGACAUGCUUUUCAAUUUCAUCUUUUCAUCUUUCACACUGCUCACCUCUUGCUUCUAUUUUGAUGCAACAUGAAGGAGCAUGAUAACUUAGGAAGAUUAUGUGAGACUGAUAUGUUCACAGGGCCCUUGCACAGGGAGCAACAUUUCAUAUGUGAUAAUAUCCAUUUCUUCUUUCACCAUAUGCUUUAUUUCAUCCCAUAUGAAUAACCACUCACUAUCCUAAUGUCAUGGGAAGCUAUGGUAGCUUUGAGAGAAUCAAGCAUCACUGAAGCGGUUAUUACUUAGCUUGCAGCAGCUUUUGAGGAUCCAGUAAAACAAAGAUUUCCUCUUAUCAGCAGAGAAGUUGGUAGUUCUUGAGUGUUUGUGAAAAUUCCUAAAAGAAGCUUUAAUUUGAAAUGAUGAAAAUUCCUAAAAAUUGAAUUAAUGAAACUUUUGAGGAAUGAUUCCAAUAGUUGUGAUAAUAACAAUGAGGAGGUAACCUAGCAACUUCACAUGGUAUUUUGUCCAGUUGGAAACAUUUUCCAAUGUAAACAGUCCUCAGUGAGGAUAAUCUUUAAUUUUAUACCUUACUUAUGAAAUUAUUACUUCCAGGUGCUUUACAAUUAAGAUGCAGUUUUAAGCUGCAAUGUGGGUUCCUUUGUUUUGUUAAUUAUUAAUUAACCUUAAUUUUAUACUAUGUAAGAUUUCGUUUUUGGGGCCAAUCACAAUAUCAUAAAUCUUCAUUUAAAAUUUUCUUUAAUGUUCUUAGGUCAAGGGAACCUCCUACAUGUGUGCUCGGUGUACCCAAUCACGUGACAUAUUGAUACUUCUUUCAAUUUUUGGCUAAUUUGUGCAUUAAUAUUCAUAUAUUGGUUUUAAGAGAAGUGUUGGCCAUUGGUUUCCAUUAUUGACUCCUAAUUUGUAUAAGAGUGCAGGAAGUUAAGAAGUAUUGUCGAGUAUAGGUUUUGAGGCUUACCUAAUAUUGCUUGUUAUCUUUAGGAUUUCUAAUAAACCUUAGUCAGAGUCACAUCCUAAUCAAUAUUCAUAUUUUCUGGAAUGCAAGGUGAUAGACUGGUAUAACUCAUAUUUUGUGGAGUGCAGAACAAUUGUGAGGUAACCUCUGACUUGCUAUUGUUCCCAGCCUUUUGGGGAGAAGCUAUCAUUGCUGUAGUUGACAUUGUCAACCUCACACCAUAAAUUCCUUUGGAAGGUGACAUCCCAGAGGAAGUUCGGACAGGUAAAAGAGCUUCAUACAAUCAUCUCAUGGUGUUUGGGUGCAGAGCAUUUGUUCACAUCCCUAAAGAUGAGCGCGCUAAGCUUGACGCAAAGAUGAAGGAGUGUAUAUACCUUCGCUCACCCAAGGACGAAUUUGGCCACCAAUUAUGGGAUUCAAUCAACAAGAAGGUUGUUCGUAGCAGAGAUGUCAUCUUCUUUGAAGACUAAACGAUCGAAGAUAUUAAAAACUCAGAGAAGCCAAGACUGAGAAGCAACAAGAGUACCGAAAUUAAUCCAGUUCGACGUGAGGACGGAACGCCUCAAGACAAUAAUGUUGAAGACCAUGAGUCUGUGUUAGAGCAAAGCAACCAGGAGACUCAUGAUGAUCCAGCUUAGGAAGGUCAUCAAUCUAGUCCUCUGCCAGCACUAGAGCUGAGGCGAUCCUCAAGAGAGAGAAUACCAUCCAUUCGGUAGAACAUCGAGGAGUACGUUAUGCUCACAGAUGAUGGGGAGCCACAAAGUUAUAAAGAAGCAAUUAAUGAUAUUCAUAAAGAAGAGUGGAGAAAAGUCAUGCAAGAAGAGAUGCAACCCUUGCAUGAGAAUCACAUUUGUGAACUUGUGGAGCUACCCAAAGUAGGGGUGGGCACGAGAUGGAAUAGGACGGGAAUUAGACUAUUCCGGUCCCAAACCCGAUUUAGGAUAACGGGACAAAACGUUAUCCCGCUAUUGUCCCUUUUAAAUCGGUACCGGAACAGAACGGGACGGUUCGGGACAUCCCAAAAAAUUGCAGCGAAAAAAAUACAGCUCCAAAAAGAAAC